GCUGUCUUGUCAAAUCUGAAAAAGUGGCUCCGCUCAUCCGCUCACUCGCUCACCCGCUCACCCACUAAAUGCUUUCCCACGCGACCAAUUAGUCGAGAGUGCAACAAGAUGAUUAACCAGGGAAAUGAGGAUGAUGAGCUCUCGCUCUCCUCGUCAACUCUUGAUGCCCUUAAGCAGUUUUAUGCCGAGCGAGACGCCCGUGCGGAGCAGUUUGCCAAGCUCCAGGCUCAGGCUGAGGAACAGCAUGCUGCCAGUCAAGCCCAGUCAAAGCCGUUGUCCAUAGAGGCCUUUACCGAGGAUUGGAAUGAGAGCCAGUUCUGGUACUCGGACGAAACGGCAUCGUUCCUGGCAAAACAACUCCUCGAUGGAACCACGGCGGGCAUGACCAUUGCGGUCGUGUCGGCACCGAGUGUGUUUGUCGCUCUGAAGAAUAUCUUGAGCACCGCAUCACCAGAUGGCGCUAAACCUAAGCUCGUUCUCCUCGAGCAUGACAACCGCUUCGCCAUCUUCCCGGAGUUUGUCUUCUACGACUUUAAUCAGCCGCUGAAGCUCCCCGCCCACCUCAAAGGCACCUGCGACCGCAUCGUCUGCGACCCACCGUUUCUCAACGAACACUGCCAGACCAAAGCCGCCAUCACAGUCAAAUGGCUCUCUAAACCGCCAUCAGCCGAGGAAGGCAAGAACCAACAACAGCCCAGACUGAUAGUGUGCACGGGCGAACGGAUGGAGGGCAUCGUGACCCGCUUGUACCGCUCGUUUGGCUUGCGUACGACCGACUACGACCCCGUACAUGCGCGCGGUCUGAGCAACGAGUUUUACUGCUAUGCCAACUUUGAGUCGGUUGGUUGGGGGUGGCGGGCUAGUAGACAGGGUAAGCAGGGGGCCGGAGUGAGGCAGCCUACUGAGGGGUGAAGGGACAGAAGGGUAAAUCGGGAAGAACGGAGGUACCGAACGAAGCAGCCAUAUACAUUUUUCUGAAAACACAAAAAACAACCUCUAAACACCAGAAAACUCCAGGAGAUCCGCAUGUUUUGCUUCCGUUACACUCGCAAUGGCAUCCCAA